GCUGAGAGGCCCUGGGCUGCCCUGUCAUGAGAAGGCCCUAGGCCUGCUCUCCUGGGGACCAUGGUGCUGCCCUCGAGGUUACACUGGAUCCGAAGCAGGCCAUGGAGGGACAGGAUCCGCAGGCGCCAGCUCAACCGACUGUCAACCAGACUCCCAGAAAUCAUGUUGGUAGGAUCCCAGUCCUUCUCACCGGGAGGGCCCAAUGGGAUCAUUAGAAGCCAGUCCUUCGCGGGGUUCAGUGGCCUUCAAGAAAGACGAUCCAGGUGUAACUCCUUCAUUGAAAAUUCCUCAGCUCUCAAGAAACCCCAGACCAAGUUGAAGAAAAUGCACAAUUUAGGACACAAAAACAACAAUCCUCCCAAAGAGCCCCAGCCUACAAGGGUGGAAGAGGUCUACAGGGCCCUGAAAAAGGGGCUCAGUGAAUACCUGGAUGUUCACCAGACAGAGCUGGACAAGCUAACGACUCAGCUAAGAGACAUGAAGAGAAACUCGCGCCUGGGUGUGCUGUAUGACUUAGACAAGCAAAUUAAAACGAUCGAGAGAUACAUGAGACGCCUGGAGUUUCACAUUAGUAAGGUGGACGAGCUCUACGAGGCCUACUGCAUCCAGCGACGUCUCCAGGACGGCGCCAGCAAAAUGAAGCAGGCCUUCGCAGUGUCGCCCGCCAGCAGAGCCGCACGGGAGAGUCUGUCGGAGAUCAGCCGGAGCUACAAGGAGUACACGGAGAAUAUGUGUGCCCUGGAAGCGGAGCUGGAGAAUCUGCUGGGGGAGUUCUCCAUCAAGAUGAAAGGUCUGGCUGGCUUUGCGCGCCUCUGCCCUGGAGACCAAUAUGAAGUCUUCAUGAAGUGCGGCCGGCAGAGGUGGAAGCUGAAGGGCAAGAUAGAGGUCAACGGCAAACAGAGCUGGGAUGGGGAGGAGACCGUCUUCUUGCCCCUGAUCGUCGGGUUCAUUUCCAUCAAGGUCACAGAGCUCAAAGGGCUGGCGACUCACCUCCUGGUGGGCAGUGUGACCUGUGAGACCAAAGAGCUGUUUGCAGCCCGACCGCAGGUGGUGGCCGUGGACAUCAACGACCUCGGAACCAUCAAGUUGAACCUGGAGAUCACCUGGUAUCCCUUUGACGUGGAGGACACGACCCCAUCCUCGGGUGGUGCGGGGAACAAGGCGGCAGCGCUCCAGAGGAGGAUGUCCAUGUACAGCCAGGGCACCCCGGAGACGCCCACCUUCAAAGACCACUCCUUCUUUGCAAAUCUGCCCGAUGACAUCUUUGAAACUGGGAAGACAGCUGAGGAGCAAAGGCCACUCUCCCUCAGCUCCUGUGACCUGCCCAACGGGGACUGUGCCCUCCCCUGCAGCCCUGCAGCCUCUCCCUCCAGCUCGGGCUCAGCGAAUCCAGAAAUCACCAUCACCCCUGCAGAGCUCAGCCACACCGGCCGGCCCUCCCAGGACCAGGGAGGGGAUGACGGCAGCUGGGCAUCUUCCAGGAACUCCUCGGGAGAAGGCCAGGAACCCAAGUCACCUCUGCAGGAAGGCCCAGCGGAGCCCAGGAAACCCUCCGCAGCCACGGCUUUGGGGGCUGAGCGCCUGUUCCUUGAGAAUGCAGUCGCCGAGGCCCUUCUGCAAGAGUCGGAUGAGGCCUCGGAGCUCAAGCCCGUGGAGCUGGACACUUGUGAAGGGAAUGUCACGAAGCAGCUGGUCAAGAGGCUCACCUCGGCCGAGGUGCCGGCAGCCACAGAGCGUCUGCUUUCUGAGGACUCGGCCAGUGGGGAGUCCUUCCUGGAUGGCAGCUUGGAGGAUGCCCUGAGUGGGCUGUUUCUUGCUCUAGAACCACAUAAGGAGGAGUACAAGGAGUUUCAGGAUCUGAACCAAGAGGUCAUGCAUCUGGAUGAUAUUCUAAAAUGCAAGCCCUCGGUGAGCCGCAGCCGAUCCUCCAGCCUCAGCCUCACGGUGGAAAGCGCUUUAGAAAGCUUUGACUUCCUCAACACCUCUGAUUUUGAUGAGGAGGAGGACGGGGAGGAGGCACGCCGUGGCGGCGGUGCUGACUCGGUGUUCUCAGACACCGAGCCCGAGAGGAGCAGUUACAGGUCGGUUCACCCAGAAGCCAGGGGGCAUCUUAGUGAGGCACUGACCGAAGACACAGGCGUGGGGACCAGCGUGGCAGGCAGCCCCCUCCCGCUGACCACCGGGAACGAGAGCCUGGACAUCGCCAUCGUGCGGCACCUGCAGUACUGCACCCAGCUCGUCCAGCAAGUUGUCUUCUCCAGCAAAACCCCCUUUGUGGCAAGAAACCUCUUAGAGAAGCUUUCGAGACAGACCCAAGUGAUGGGGAGACUCGCGGCCGUCAGUGACGAGGAGGCGGGGAGCCUGAGCUCUGUCGUGCAAGCCCUCCCAGAGUUUCACAAAAAGCUGUCUCUGCUGUCCUUCUGGACCAAGUGCUGCGGCCCGGCCGGGGUGUACCACAGCUCUGCCGACAGGGUGAUCAAGCAGCUGGAGGCCAGCUUUGCCAGGACUGUCAACAAGGAGUACCCAGGACUCGCAGACCCAGUGUUUCGAACCCUGGUCUCUCAAAUCCUGGACCGGACGGAGCCUCUGCUGUCCGCCAGCCUCUCCUCGGAAGUCGUCACGGUUUUCCAGUACUGCAGUUACUUCACCAGCCACGGCGUGAGCGACCUGGAGAGCCACCUGUGCCAGCUGGCCAGGCAAGUCUCCAUGGUGCACACCCUGCAGUCCCUGAGAGAUGAGAAGCUGCUGCAGGCCGUGGGCAACCUUGCUCCCAGCAGCCUCCUGGCCCAGCAAGAGGUGCUCCGGACUCUGGCUCUGCUCUUAACCAGGGACGACAGUGACGUCAGCAAGGCUGUGACGCUCUACUUGGCAGCAGCCUCCAAGAACGAGCAUUUCAGGGAAAAGGCCUUGCUCUAUUACUGUGAAGCACUGACCAAGACCAACCUGCAGGUGCAGAAGGCAGCCUGCCUGGCCCUGCGGAGCCUGCAGGUGGCCAAAACAAAGCCCGCCGGGACUGCAGUUUAUUUGGGCAGCCUCCUGCCACACUGCGACACACAGAGCUGGAUGUCUGUGAUUCAGACUUCACAUCAGUAAAGACCAGGACCCCAAGGUCCAGCCGGGGUCAUGGACGUACACGUUUCCAAGGUCACAGCAGAGGCCACUGUUCUAGCUCCAGCAAAACCCACGCCGGGGAGCACCAGAUUUCUCCUUUUCCCUUUUCUCCUAGAAGAUAGGGUCUUUUCUGCCAGAUGAAAUGCCUUUCUGCAGCCCCCCAGCUCCUGAGGGGGCUCCGUGCAGCACGCUGUGCAAGACGGUGCAGAUCUGUCAUCACACAGACCUGGGAUCCCUGGCCAGCUUGCUGGGAGUCUUGUUUUUAUAAAUUAAUGGAAACAAACAGAAAUUUCUCAUUUUUCUGUUCUUUAAUCAGCCUGGAAACAACCUAGGGGGAUCACGGUCCUCAAAAAAGUGGCCCCCAUUCAGGUGUCCCAUCUGUCACCAUGGGCUACAGGAACCCAGGGGCCCCCGGCUGCUCCCUCUGGCUUGCCCCAGCCUGGCGCCCUGCACCAGCUCCACUACUUCAUAAGCCCAGCCUCCUCCAGGAAAGGCAAACAUGACUUGCAGUCCAUGCCCAGCUCCUCCAGGGACUCAGCCGGCGUGUUGUCUUCCAGGAGGUCACCCCAGGGCUUCCAUCGCCAUCUCUGCACUGAUGACCCCCAGUACUUCCCUCCAGGUCCCUCCUGACUCUUACCCAGCUUGCUGUUAGAUAGCUCUAGCAGGAAGUCACUCAAACUGCACCCACCCCACCACCGAAGGUCUCAGUGCCUUGGUGGGCCCUCUACCAGGCCCCUGGGAGCCAUGCCGAAAGCCCAGGAGUCAACGUGACCCUGCCUCGCCUCCUCUCCCAUCCAUUCGUCUGCCGUCCUGUGGACCUCAGCUCCGCCCUGUGCACUCUGCUCUAUCCCUGCUGCAGUCACCCAUCUGCACUAGUCACCUACAGGGGAGCCACCCUGCCUGCUGCGGCCUGAGCUUGCGUCAAGGCCCCCUUGCCAUGACAUUAGAAACAUUGCAACAAAACACAGAUCUGCUCAAAGCUCUGUAGGGGCUUCUGCAAUCUUAGCUCUCAGACUUAGACCCAGAUUAAGCCAUGAAUUUACGAUUCAACCGGAAGCCCCUAACGUGACUCAGAAGAUUCUCCUUGAAGAGAUACAGGCCUUCUCUGAACACCUCCAUGGCCGCCCCUGGACUUGGGCCUGCCACAGUCUAUUAGCCUUGCCUGGAGUCAGUUCCUUCUCCACAGCCCAGCCACUCCCCAGCCCCAGGCACACAUACCCACCCACCCCCACACUUGGCUACCUAGUCUCAGAGGCCACCUCCCCCAAGAGGUUGGCCCUCCUCAGCCUGAAGUGCUCUGCCCCAGCACCCUCAUCAGCCUGUCGCUCACAAGUACUCGUGUGACAGUCUGUCUGUCCACUCAACUGCAGACUCUUUGGACCAGUUCCAUGUCUAGUUCAUUGUAGAAUCUCCCAUGCUUUGUGACCUGUCUUUGUGACAUGUGAGGGUUAGGGUUCAAUUCUCAGAACUGAAUAUAAAUUAAUAAAAUAAAGGCCCAUUGACAACUAAAAAAUAUUUUUAAAAUAGUUAUAAACGAUUUUUACCAUAAAAACACUCUGACAAUCUAAAAAUCAAGAGUACUCAGUAACUGCUUACAGAAUAAGUAGAAGCUGGGUACGGUGGCACACGCCUAUAAUCCCAGUGGCUUGGGACACUGAGACAGGAAGAUCAUGAGUUCAAAGCCAGCCU